GGUGGGAGGUGCUUACAGUAUAAAAGAUUUGCAGGACAACAGAGGGGAUUCAUUCUGUGCACAGCCCUCCAAACAGGGAACAUGGGGUCUCCCAUCUGUCUACUGGUGUUCCUCGUCUUAGCUGUGGAACCAGCACAAGCAAUAGAAAGCUUCUUCAUCUCAGCUCCCAAUGUGUUCCAUAUCGGAGUUAAGGAGCAAGUUCUGAUCCAUGUGGGGGAAACCCUCCUCAAUAAACGUGUAACUGUUUACCUGGAGGUCGAGAUAGGAGGGACACUGAUCUCAGAGAGGAUCAGCACAAUCUGUACUCAAGUGGGGCAGUUUCAAACAGUGGAACUAGAGAUAGACAAGGAGAAGAUGUCAAAAGUAGAAUUCCUCCGCGGUAAACCCCCCUAUCUCUUGCUGGUGAGUGAGAUUGCCUCGGUGGAAGGUAGACAGUUUACAAGGGUCUUAGUCUCCAAACACCAAGGCUACAUCUUCAUUCAGACAGAUCAGCCCAUCUACAAUCCCACUCAGAAAGUGAACUACAGGGUAUUUACCUUGGACCACUCAAUGAGACCUGUAGAUGGCAUUUUUCAAUUGUCCGUUUUUAACGCAGCGGGAAACAGAAUAAAGAAGGCCCUCCUUAAAGCAACCUCUGGAAUUUUCAGCAGUUCAAUGAACAUUCCUGAUGUGUCUAAAAUGGGUACAUGGAGGAUAGUGGCCCACUAUGAAGAUGAUGAAAAGGAAGCUGCCAUACGAGAGUUCAGAGUCCAGAAAUUUGUGAUGCCCAGCUUUGAGGUGACUAUCCUUCCUGAACAAAAUUAUCUCCUGGUGAACCAAGACCUCCCCUUCACCAUCCAAGCCAUGUACUCUUAUGGGGAAACUAUAAAAGGAGCCUUCCACUGUCGAGUGGGAGUAAGGACAGUCAACCAGGGGUCAGAGGGUGAGAAAGAAACAACUGUGUUCAUAAGGGGACUAGAGCUAACUGGAACGAUCAUUAAUGGACUAGGUGCUACAGAGCUGAAAGUAUCCCGCCUAGAUGAACUCCUACAAAACAAUAUGAAUACAAGCCUGUCUGACCUGGACCAAAGCGGGGCGAAACUUCACAUCGCUGCUUCUGUCAACGACAUCACCAGUGGUGAGCUUCAGGAAGCAGAGGUCUUCCUUCCGGUGGUUUCUCAGGUUUACUACGUGGAUCUGUCCCGCACACGCUCCCAUUUCAUCCCUGGUUUCCAUCUCUAUGUGUCGGUGGUGGUCAGCCUCCCAGAUGGAUCCCCAGCAGAAAAAGUGAAAGUAGAUAUUCAAGGUGAAGGGAUCCAGAGGGAACCCAACAAUGUUCUAACCAACCAGCAGGGUGUAGCAGGGAGCACAUUAGCUGUCCCAGCUGAUGCUAAACAAAUAACUGUCCAGGUGACAGUAGAUGGCCAUCAAAAGAAUAAAAUUAUCAAACGUGUCUCAUCUCCUAGUAACAGCUAUCUGUACAUAAGUGUGCAUCACACCGAUUGGUCUGUGGAAGAACCCUUUGAAAUGACAUUCCAUGCAAACGCCAAACCCAAAGAUGGAUACAUUUACUACAUGGUUUUAAGCCGAGGAGUUCUAAUUACGCAAAAAUCUGUCAGAGCAGGAGGGCCUGUUACAGCCAGCUCCUUCCAAAUUACACACGCUAUGAUUCCAUCCUUCCGUCUGAUUGGCUUCUACUACCUCCAGAAUGGUGACAUCAUCGCUGACUCUGUGUGGGUGGAUGUCGAGGAUGAGUGUGAGGGCAAGCUCAAGAUCUCAAGUCCAACAUCUGGUCCGUAUUUACCAGGGUCCCUGACAAAGGUCACAAUAGAUUUGGAAGGCCAGAAGGGUAAAGUUGCGCUGAUGGCUGUGGACAAAGCCAUCUAUGCUCUCAAUGCCCAGAACAAACUCACUGCCAAACAGGUCUUCUCCUCUAUGCAGUCCUAUGACCUGGGCUGUUCCUAUGGUGGAGGACAAGACAUGGCCUCUGUUCUCAACGAUGCUGGUCUCUCCUUCAUGUCCGCCUCAACUGAGAAGUCCCAAAACAGACAGGGUACGCCAAGCAUCAGUUUGGGCUGUCACAAAGACUUCAGGAGACGCAGGCGCUCCCUGAAUCUACAACUGGAGAUGAUGACCAUAAAAUCAAAGUAUACAGAUGACAAGUUGCAAGAGUGCUGUGUCCGUGGUCUCACACUGAUCCCAAUGAGGAGGACAUGCGAAGAAAGGGCAAAGAGAGUGUCACUGACCGUGAAAGACCCAAACUGCACUCAGGCCUUCAAAGAUUGCUGCCUUCAGGGGGAAAAGCUAAGAGACACAAAAAAGAAGGAGGACGUUAUCAAAGGCCAUGGCAGGACGGCCAGUGAAACUGACAUUGAGGAAUUCUUCUUUGAUGCCUCCCUUCAAAACAUUCGGAGAUCUUUCCCUCCAAGUUUUGCUUUCACAGUGAUUGAGGUGGAUGGUAAAAAAGAUCACACUCUAUCUCUGCAUGACUCCAUAACCACCUGGGAGAUUCAGGCUGUCAGUUUAUCAAAAACUCAUGGUUUUUGUGUGGCAGAGCCUUUUCAGAUGACCGUGUUCAAGAAUCUGUUUGUAUCACUGAGACUGCCGUACUCAGUUAAGCAGUAUGAGCAGCUGUCCAUUGUUCCUGUCAUACACAACUAUGGGGAAAACCCUGCAGAGCUUGCAGUCCAUAUGGUGCCGACUGAAGGGCUCUGUUCUCCUGGAUCAGCCUCCAUAUCUACUUAUGUCAACAUCACUGUGGCGCAACAAUCUUCCAAAUCAGUCACUUUCUCUGCCGUACCCAUGGCAAUCGGCACCAUACCUAUCACGAUACGCAUCUACAACAGAGACAACAAGCUUGGCGUGGAUGCAAUUGAAAAGCUUCUGAAUGUUAGGACAGAGGGAAUAGAGGAGUGGAAAGAGGAAAGUCAUGUUCUUGAUCUGAAAGGGGGGAGUGAUGAGUUCGCUAUUAAUGGACAAUUACCAGACAACAGCGUCCCUGGCUCCAGAACCAACAUCUUUGUCAGGCUAGAAGGGGAGGGAUUUGGCAAAACCACAGCCAAAACCCUGCUGUCUCCUGAAGGGGUUAAACGCUUGCUCAAGCUCCCUACUGGCUGUGCAGAGCAGACGAUGACUAAAUUGGCCCCCCUGGCCCUGGCCUUGCGCUACUUGGACAUGUCCCAGGGCUGGUUUGAGCUUCCUGCAGGAACCAGAGAUACUGCCCUCCACAACACCGAAAGUGGCUACUCGAGGAUUCUGACAUUUAAAAAGAACGAUGGAUCUUACGGAGGCUGGACUAAUACUCCAUCCAGUUACUGGCUGACUGGCAUGGUUGUGAAGGUGUUGUCGCUGGUGGCUGAGCGCCAAGCAUUAGUCAGCGUGGAGAAGGGAAGGAUUGGCCAGGUUCGGGUUGUGUCUCAUGACGACAUCACGGUUUCGGUUCAAUACCUCCUCUCAAAACAAAAUGAUGACGGCUCGUUUACUGACCCUUAUCCCGUCUACAACAGAAACCUGCGUGGGGGUGUUGGAGGCAUAGGUGGAGAAGUAUCCAUGACUGCUUUCAUAACUCUUGCCCUCAAUCGGUCCCUCGCCUUCUUACCCGAGAAAGAGAAGAACGAUGCGAAAGACAGUAUCGUAAAUUCCACGACCUACCUCCGGUCCUGUCUCGAUGGGCUGGAGAGGCCCUACGCUGUGGCCAUCACUGCCUACUGUCUCGCAGUCUGCUUACCAGACCGCACACAGGCACAACCCGCCUGGAAAAAACUCCAAGGAUUGGCCACAAAAGAUACGAAAGGCUGCCGGGUUUGGAGGGCCAAUGCAGAACUGGUGAGCCAAGGCACAAAGGCCUUAACCGUGGAGACAACAGCCUAUGCCCUCCUGACAGCAGUAGCUCACAAAGACUCAGAGUGGGCAGAGUCUGCGGCUUGCUGGUUAACCACCCAGGAGAACUAUGGAGGAGGUUUCAAAUCUACACAGGAUACUAUAGUGGCACUGGAGGCUCUUUCAGAGUAUGCCUUGGAUAUGCCACCGCCCCCAGUCACAGAAGUGGAAGCCUCGUUCACUGUUAAAGGGAAGAGCACAAUUCUGAAGCUAUCACUUGGAAAUACGGAUGACAAAGUGGAAACAGAGCUAAAGCCACUGAUGGGGAAGAAUAUUGAUGUAAUUGUCAAAGGACAAGGAAAGGCCAAGAUGAAGGUUUUAAAGGCUUACCAUCUCAUAGAUCCCAGGGAUGACUGUCAAGAUCUAAAGAUAGAGGUCACAAUAGUCAAAGGUCGAGUGCUGUACACAGACAAGGUUCCUGAUUAUGCCUACGGAGAGGACUAUGGAGAGGAGGCGAGGAGGGAGGAAGAGGACUUCCCCUCAUCAUCUAUCGAGUGGUUUGAUGCCCGCACCAGACACAAGAGAGAUACAGAGCAGAGCAUUGAAAACGAAGUUCUCUACGAAGUAUGUGUCAGUUACAGUCUGAGCAGAAACCUCUCAGGAAUGGCCAUUGCAGACAUCACACUGCUCAGUGGCUUUGAGGCACAGACUGACGACCUGGAGAAGCUGAAGGACAAACCAGAGGAGUACAUAUCGCACUAUGAAACGUCAUAUGACAGAGUGCUGAUCUACUUUAACGAGAUGUUCGAGAAUGAAGAGUGCAUUACAUUCAGGGCAGUGCAAAGGAUUCCCAUUGGUCUGCUUCAGCCAGCUCAAGCUUUAUUUUAUGACUACUAUGAACCAGCCAGGAAGUGUGCUGUUUUGUACUCUGCCCCUCAAAGAAGCAAGAUGGUCGCUCAAUUGUGUGAAGGGAGCGUGUGCCAGUGUGCAGAGAGACCAUGUCAUAAGGAAAGGACGUUUUCCGAUAAACCGAUGAUUGGGGAACAGGAUCGUCAGGAACAUGCAUGCAAAUACCCUCUUGCAGAUUAUGGUUACCAAGUUGAGGUUCUUAAUGUGACUGUGAAGGGUAAUUUUGAGCUCUACACAACUAAUGUGGUGGAGGUACUCAGAACAAACAGAGACAUGAAGAUGGACGAGAGCCAGAUCCGAGUGUUUGCUAAGAGGCUGCACUGUAAAGGAAAGCUGCAGAAGGGAAAGCAGUACCUGAUCAUGGGCAAAGAUGGCCUAACCACUGACACCAGUGGCCGGAUGCAAUAUCUGUUGGAAUCAACAAACUGGAUUGAACAGAUACCGAGCCGAUGCAAAGGAACACAUGCCAGAGACUAUUGCGCCUUUUUCAAUAAAUUUGUGUCUGAGUAUAGAUUGAGUGGCUGUACCCAGUAAAGAGUUAGUUCUCUAAUACAUCGUUCUUGACAAUAAUACCAACAUACUGAUGAAGAAAGUGUUUUGUCCGUCUCUUCAUAAACGGAGUGACUAAGUUCAGUUGAGUUCUGGAUUUCAAUAAGUAUUAUCAAUCUGCAGAUUGGGAGAGGAAACCAGUCUUCUGACCAUAAAAUGACAACACAACACCAAGCUUAGGUCUCAACCAGGUCUCUCCGCUCUGAAAACCGGAGGACCAUCUUUAUAGGGCACAAGAAUGUAAACAUAGAUUGUGACAGUCAGGCAGGAAUGACGUUACAACAGUCUCAGAGAUAAAGAUUCACUGCUCCCAACACAUGACAACUCUCACACUAGAGAGUUCAUAGUUGGAGUUCUCCUAGUAGUCAUGACAAGGAAAAGUUUAGCCAGUACCUUCUCCUGACCCCGAACAUCCAUUAACCUGACACAUAGACACAAUAUACUCUCAUUAAUAGCAAGCUUACAUGAGAACGUACUAACUAGUAUCCAAUGACUAGUUCUAUUGAUUAGUGAAUAAUGUAAGCACACAGGAAAUCCCAAUUUCUUCCACAGUCCCCCCUUUUGACGUUCAACGUCAACACAACAAACAAGUUUCAUAACAUUUCAAAACCUUAACAAUCAAACAAUACUUUAUCUGCUACUACUCAGCACAGCAUACAUGAUUAUAGGAUUUGAAGAAGUAUUAGGUAGUACCCAAUCAGGCGAAAAGUACAAAGUCAAUGAAGUGAAUAGCUUUUGUUUAGUUCUCUAGAUAGGGCUCUGUCAUGGAAAUUUUGGAAUACAGUUAUAAUGUGUGUGUUUUAUAUGAGGAAUGUGUUUUAAGGGAAGUCUGAAGAAGCUUAAUACAGUGACAGUCGAUUCAACCCAUUUGGUAGAGAUGCCAUUUGCAGUUUUAUAACUAGGAGACGUGAAGUCUAAGAGACGGGAAGUCUGGGUGACCUGAGAGGGUUCUUGUCACCUGGGGAGGAAGAGACAGUUGGUCUGGAGAUGUGGAUUCAACUGUAUUGUCAUUGUGAUCUGCUGCUCUGACCCUUCCUGUUGCAUUGGGUGGGGUUAAUCAAAUACUUGUUUGAAGUGGCCCGCACAAAGGAUUGUGGGACAAAUGGUACAGAGAUGUAUUGUUUCAAACUGUCACUGAAUUGAGUAAGCCAAUCAUAGACUUGAUUACAUUGAUGGAUUGACCUUAUAGAAUGCCAUUUGAUCUAACGUUUAUAUAAGGUAGCGUUUGUGAUUGUUCUUCAUCACUCUGGCGAACAACCUGUGGCUAGCACCUCCUUCGUUAUGACUGAUCACAAAGUACUUUGUUAAAUCAUGAUCUGUAUAAGCAAAAUAAAUUUAUUGUAACCGCCA